AUGUCACCACCACCAGCUAAGAAACGAUGUCAGUCAAAUGAAGAGGAUAUUAGAGAAUUUAAGGAAUACUGGACUGAAAAGUUUGGCAUGAUUAAGAAGGAUGAUAAAGCUUCAUGCAUUUUCUGUUCUGACACAGUUGUUUGUAGAACUUCUUCUGUAAAGAGACAUUUUGAAAAUGUUCAUAAGAACUUAAGCAAUAAAACUGAGGAGGAACAAAGAGAAUUAAUUUCUCGUGAACUGAGCAAGACAAAAACACAAGCUGAAACUUUUAUGAAUUAUAUUUCAGGUAGGUCUAGUUCCAACUUAGUUGCUGCUAGUUUUGAAGUUUCAAAAGUUAUUGCCCAACACGGAAAGCCUCUCUGUGAUGGGGAGUAUAUUAAAGAAGCUUGGCUAGAAUGA